AUGCCACUUUCUGCUGUGGGACGGGCUCAAUUUGUCUCAGCACCGGAUACUGCCUCAGUGCGACCACCCAACCAUUUACGCUAUAUCGCGGUUCCUGCACGGAUUCUGGUUGGGGAAGUUUCUGCGCUUAUUAUUGCGACCGGCUCCAACGCCCCGAUUGUCAGCGUGGGACUGAAUAAUGACAGCCGCGCAGCUUACUGCUGCGGCUAUCAAAGCGAAAAUAAUAAUGCUACUAGGUGCUCCAAUGGAGAUGCGCCCUUUGUCCUGGAUGACGGAGAGAUGAUAUUCGGUCGGGCUGCGCUUGUUAACGUUACCGCCAGUCGGCCCGAGCCGUCCACAACCGGAACCACCAAUACUAAGGGCGGAAACGAGGGAAACGGAGAAACCUCCUCACACAAUAGCACCACAGCAAUUGGGGUCGGCGUCGGCGUUCCACUGGGCAUUUUGGCACUGUGUGGUGUCGCUUGGGCCCUCAUUGAGCGACGACGAAGUAGGCGACGCCAAUCGACCAUGAGUGGGGUUGCGCAGGCGACUGAACAGGUUUACAUGCCUCCGCAACGAAAGUAUGGCCCGACAGAAUUGUAUCAGCCGACGAACACGAACUCAGAUACAUUGAUUCAUGGGUCCCCUCUCGCGGAGGUUAUGGGGUCUGAAGCGCGACGGGAUUGA